GGCGUUAGUUCCCCUGGCCCCUCCUGGCCUCCCCUUGGAGGGUGCUCUGGGCAGGCUUUGCCAUGCGCUUCCCUGCCCCUGGCGUUGGUGUUUGCUCAGAAACUGCUCUGCCCUGGUUGCAAAGGCCAAGGCACAACCAGGAGCCUCCUGCUCCCCUUGCCUUCCCUCAGCCCAGUCACCUCUGCUGUGCUCACCUCGGCCUGGGAGGAGGAGGAGGGGUCCCUCGUGUGCUGGGACCACCCCAGCCAGUGCCCCAAAGCCAGCUGGGCACUGGGGCUGUCCCUGCCUGUGCAGCCCUGGCACCCCGUGUCUCCUUGCUGCAGGGCGUGGGGAUGCCGAGUAUGGGGACCUUGAAGACGAAGGUUACUACCUGUACCUGGACGAGGACGGACCGCCAGAGGUGCUAGGGGGGGCAGCCCGCUGCCAGGACACCUACCAGGACUGGAUCUCCCUCUACUGCUGGGCCCCCUUCCACGCCACCCUCAUGGCUACCCCCCCGGCUUUUUUGCUGGGACCAGAUCAGCAGCACCUACAGCGAGCUCUCCGGCUGCACCCAGCUGCUGGCCCAGCUGCUCUCCUGCCCCUGGCCCAGUGCCGUCCUCGACGCCUUCUUCCUGCAGCCGGCAGGCUUUUGCAGGAUGGCACCGCGCACGCCGACGGGCUCCGGCCGGCUCUCCCGAGGGCUCCUGCUGCUCUGGGCGCUCCUGGGGCCCGGGCUCUGCCAUGUGGAUACCGAUGCAGAGGGCUUUGGCCAGGAUGCCAGGACGAGCCCACCCGUGGCCAUGUGCAACUUUACGGCCCAGCCUGUGGAGGAGAUGUACAGAAACAAGACGCAGGAUUGCUGGGAGUCCUUCGUUGACCUGAUGAGGAACGUGACGGAGUCGGAGUUGUGCGAGUGGAAAGUCAUCAGCAGGCCCUACAGCUUGCUGCAGGACUGCCUGGAGGGCUGGGCCGACUGCCUGCGCUACGGCUACCCCAACGCGCUGGCGGAGCAGUACAUCUUCCAGAGCCACCACCGCUACUUCCAGAACUGCACCCUGGAGCACCAGGUCUACUUUGACCCGCCUGAGGACGUGCUGUUGGCCAUGAUCAUUGCCCCCAUCUGCCUCAUCCCCUUCCUGGUCACCCUGGUCAUCUGGCGCAGCAAGGAUGGCAAGGCCCAGCCCUAGCACUGCUGCCCGGGCACCGGUGGCCAGUGGCCGGCCUCCU